AUGUCGACGGCGCGCUUGCCCCGAUCCCCGAGCCCGCUAAGCCUGGGCGACCCACUCAUUGCACAUCCUCAUCCUCCUGAUUGGCAUCAUCACCGCCAUUGCCAUUAUUCACACGGUCGCCAGAGAAGGCAUACGCGAACAAGAGAUCUGCUCUCAACGACUGAGCGCGACCUCCACCGCCUCCAAUGCCCUCCCGAGAGCAUGCCAUCCCCUACCGAUGACGAGACGCCCUUCCCCUUGUUAGACCGUUCGACGCUUCAUGGGUUUGGCCGCUCCCAUCUCUCCCCUGACGAUGCCUUCGUGUCCCCGCCUCGCCGCCUUGGCGAGCGUAGUAGAAGUCGCAGGCGCAAGCGGCCGUGGAAGAAGUUGAUGUGGGUGAAGCAAUCAUAUCCCGACAACUAUACCGACCAAGCGACUUUUCUCGAGAACCUACAGCGGAAUCCCCGUCUUAAGCCGUAUGACUUUUGGCCCCUCGUCGCCGACUCAACCGUUAUACUGCAGCAUGUUUGCUCCGUCAUUAUCUUCAUCGUUUGCUUUGUUGGUAUCUUUCAGGAGCGUGUAUCUCCCGUGUCUGUCACAAGCUGGAGCAGCUUCCUUACCUUUGUCGGAUGGAUCCUCUGGGAGCGCUGGUUGUCUGAGAUCGAGGAUCCUGGUGACACGAGUCACGGAGUGGCAGCAGCAACAGUGACGGGGAGAACUGGCCGGACCGGAAGCAUGAGGCGACCCGGCCGCGCCGGUAGUAUCAGGCGCCCGCCUCCGCUCCGGAUCGAUUCAGUCCCGUCGACCGCCGGGCCAUCGGCCUCGAGCUCGACUACAAACCUACACGCGCACCACGCGAUUAAACGGGCACAGUCCACUUCAACUAGCUCGCUGGCUAGCGGUGCUGUGCAUACACCUCGAGCCAGCCAGGAGCACCUCCCCGAGCUGCCACCACCCCUUCUUGCUGAAGAGAGCCGGUCCCGGCAGAGGGCUGAAACUAUCAAGUCAGCAAUCCUCAUCUACUGCACACUCCUUGGACUUAGCCCCAUCCUCAAAUCCCUUACCUGGUCCACAUCGAGCGACAGCAUCUGGGCCAUGUCCUUCUGGCUCCUCGCCAUAAACAUCUUCUUCUUUGACUACUCGGGUGGCGUGGGAGCCAAGUUUCCUGCAUCACUCUCCACCAAUGCUGCCCUCAUGGCAUCAACAGUAUUGGCAAGUCGGCUACCAUCCACGAAGCAGGUCUUUAGCUUGACGCUGUUCAGCAUCGAAGUUUUUGGCCUGUUUCCCGUCUUCCGACGGUAUGCGAGGCACCGCAGCUGGCUAUUCCAUGUGGUAUCGGCCAUCUUGCUGGUACUGGGGGCAGGACUUGGAGUAGGCCUCAUCUUGGGUGACACUAAGGGCACUGGCGGAUGGCCAUGGAAGAGCGGACUCGUGGGAAUGAUUGUAGGAGUACUCAUCGCGGUACUGGCAACAGGAGGAUGCAGCUGGUGGCUGAUUGGGUUGCAAAAGUACAAGAAUGAGAUACGAGGACCUUGGGACCCAGCGAGACCCAUCAUCAUGAACCGGCCUCGGUGGGAUGACGAUUCAUGA